AUGGCAUUCGACCCGACAGAGCAUCCGCAUAGAAGGUUCAACCCGCUGCUAGACGAAUGGGUUCUAGUUUCGCCGCAUAGAAUGAAGCGACCAUGGAGCGGCCAAGUCGACCCGCCAGAGAUGGACGAUGUUCCUGAAUACGAUCCGAAAAAUCCCCUCUGUCCUGGAAAUACGAGAUCGAACGGAGAAAAGAACCCGGAAUACGAAACAACUUUCGUCUUUCCCAACGAUUUCCCUGCUAUUCUUACGGAUACGCCUGAGCCUCCCAAGGAUGAGAAGCCAAAACUGUUCAGAAGCGCCCCCGUCCGCGGCGAAUGCAAAGUCAUCUGUUUCCAUCCAAAAACAAACGUCACUUUGGCCAAAAUGAAGACGGAAGAGCUCAACCAAGUUGUGGACGCCUGGGUUGAGCAAGCAACGAAUCUCGAAAAGUACAAAUGGGUGCAGAUCUUUGAAAAUCGAGGGAAAAUGAUGGGCUGCUCGAAUCCACAUCCGCAUUGUCAGAUUUGGGCGACUGAUGUUUUACCAACGCUCCCAGAAAAAGCUGAUAAUUCGCAAAGAAAAUAUUUCAAGGAAGAAAACACGCCGAUGCUUGACGAUUACUGCAAAGAAGAGCUCUCUCGUCGCGAAAGAAUCGUAGUCGAAAACGAUCACUGGCUAGUGGUCGUUCCUUACUGGGCGACUUGGCCUUACCAGACGCUUGUUUUGCCCAAGUUUCCGAUGAAACGAAUUCAGGAACUUGGAGCAUCUGAAAGAGCGGAGGAGAAGAUUUCCUUUGGAAACAUUAUCAAUCAGUUGACAAUCAAGUACGACAAUCUUUUCAAAUGCAACUUUCCGUACUCCGGCGGAUUUUAUUCUGCGCCCAACGGAUCUGAAGACGAUGCUCAUUGGACAUUCCACGGGCACUUUUACCCGCCACUCCUGAGAUCCGCUUCUGUUAGAAAAUUCAUGGUCGGUUUCGAAAUGCUCGGAAUGCCACAGCGCGAUCUCACAGCUGAGCAAGCGGCCAAAACCCUUCGCGAUUUGCCACAAGUUCAUUAUACAACGCAACAAUGA